CUUUUACUUUCUUACUAUCAGUAUAAGCUUAAUUUGUCUUCGAUCAAUUGGUCGAAAGCUCUCUUCAAUAUGGCUGUUACUCAUGUAGGCAUCCUUGCCUAUGCCUUCCAAAUUGUGGAUAGCGCAGGUCCCGCCGAUCUCCUCUCCUCCGCCAACAAGUCCGCUUUCCAAGCCGUCAAAGAAUAUGGACCGAUUGAUGAAGACAUUAUAUCUCGCGCACCCCAAUUUGUUUUCCAUUACAUUGGUGUCACUAGAGAUCCAGUUCUCCUUGGGUCGAGCCAGAUGGUAAUCAUGCCUACAACAACCGUCGAUGAAUGCCCAGAACUUGACAUUCUCCUUGUCCCUGGGCCGUACCUCAGCAGAUUUGAACUACACCCGAAGCAUGCUGAGUUUAUCCGCAAACAUGUGGAAGCCGAUAAGAUGCUGUGGACAACUUGCACGGGAGCUAGUGUCGUGGCAUCAACAGGUGUUUUGGACGGCAAAAAAGCAACAGUUAACAACGUCGAAUACGCUUGGGUACGUAAGCGUUGGCCCAAGGUUAACUGGACUAGAGAGAAGAAGUGGAUUAUUGACGGAAACAUCUGGACCGGAUCGGGUGCAUUUGCUGGGGUAGAUAUGGUUGCACACUGGAUCAAGGAAAAUUAUGGGCUUGAUGUGCUCAUUCAAGCUAGCAACAACCUUGAUUACGAAGCCAGAGAUGAUGAUGGGCUAUAUACGGUUUUCCCUCAGAGAUUCGAUUCACAGGGAAAUAAAGUAGCUACGCAUGAAUUCCUGUACUACGAUGAGGAGUAGAUACAUUGUAUUUCCUCCGCGUACUAUAGCAGUCUCAAUAUUAAGUGUUCACGCCCUACGUGUCAACACUCAUUUCGAUUUUGUCGGAUACAUGUACAACUGAAAAAGUGGGAUUCAAGUCACAAAAGCUGAAAGCUUUGUUCCUCUUGGA